CGGGCGGAGAGAGAAAUAGAGAUGCCCGCAUAUUACUUUCUGACAACCUCCGACCGCCGCUAAAUUCUUGAAAAAACAACCACAGAAAGAAAAGGAAAAAAAUAAUAGAAACCCUCAAUUAUGCAGUCCGCAGUGAUUCAUAACAACCACAGCAAAAAGCAACCAUUUCUUUCUCCACGAGCUCUCACUUGCCAAGAUUGGCAAAAUUAUAGAUAAAUAAGUUGCAGCGAGGAGAAAAAGGAGGAACCUUGAAGAUCUUUUUUCGUUUUUUUUGGGGGGGAAAUGACUCAGAUGGUGGUCACUGGCGGCGGAGAGAGCUCCGACGGGCGGACGGUGGUGGUGGGGGUGAAACUGGACGCGCAGAGCCGUGAGCUGCUGACGUGGGCUUUGGUGAAGGUUGCUGAGGCUGGCGAUCGUGUGGUUGCCCUUCAUGUUCUUGACAACAAUGAAAUUGUGAACCGUGAUGGAAAAUCGUCCCUUCUCUCAAUGGUUAAAGCUUUCGACUCGAUCCUCGAAGUUUACGAAGGCUUCUGUAACUUGAAACAGGUGGAUCUCAAGCUAAAGAUCUGCAGAGGCUCGUGUGUUUCGAAAAUCCUCGUCCGUGAAGCCAAAGCUUUUACUGCCUCCGAGCUUAUUGUAGGUACCUCUCAAACUCACCACACGAUUCGCUCGUCAGCCUCUAUCGCUAAACACUGCGCGAAAAAGCUGCCUAAGAAUUAUUGCUCGAUAUUAGCCGUGAACAAUGGAAAAAUCGUUUUUUGCAGAGAAUCAAAUUCAUCCUCUCGUGUUAGCAUUAAAGAAAUCGAGCAUCGACAUAGGAAUCGAUUACUAACUGCCAUACAGAGAUCCUUCAGAAAGAACAUUAAAGUUCUCGAUAAAGUUGAUUCGAAAAGGUUGAGGUUGACUUGGGACGAGAAAAGCACUAAUAACGGUCACGGGAACUCGAUUUUGGCCUUAUCUGAAAAUUGUUCGAUUUGUUCACCGGAUUUGUUGACCGAGGACGAUGACAAGAAGAAAAAAGUCAACUCGAUGGCUAUAGUCCCGGUACAGAAGCUAGAAGCUGCAUCGAGCUCGAUUACUCUUUUAUUACGAGAAUUGCCCGAGAUGAAGCCCGGCUGGCCUUUACUCCGUAGAGCUAUUGUAUCAAACGAUUGUAAUACGCAAGUGAGGCAGUUUUCGGUUGUCCAGUGGGCCCUGAGGCUGCCGAAUAGGUACUGUUUGCCGAUCGAGAAUUCGGAAAAUGAUUUUUCGGAAUGUGAGCUGGAAAAAUCGUCUAAUAGUUUCGGAAUGUCACCGGAUAAUAUGUUUAGAGGCUUACCGGAAGAGCUCGAGGGUCUCGAGGAGAAGUACUCGGCUACAUGUAGGUUAUUUAGGUUUGACGAGCUCGUGAAGGCCACGUCCAAUUUCUUGCCAGGGAAUAUGAUAGGUAAAGGAGGCAGCAGCCGAGUUUACAAAGGUUACCUUCCGGACGGCAAGGAACUCGCUGUGAAGAUUUUAAAACCUUCAGAAGAUGCCGUAAAAGAGUUCGUUUUAGAAAUCGAGAUCAUUACAGCCUUACACCACAAGAACAUCAUCUCGCUUUUCGGAUUCUGUUAUGAGGACAAAAAUCUUCUCCUAGUAUAUGAUUUUUUAUCAAGAGGAAGCCUUGAAGACAAUCUUCACGGUAAUAAGAAGGAACCACAUGCUUUUGGGUGGGACGAGAGGUUUCGCGUUGCUAUUGGUGUAGCUGAGGCUUUGGAAUAUCUUCACAAUAGAGAAGAACAACCUGUAAUCCAUAGAGACGUUAAGUCGUCAAAUAUACUUUUGUCCGAUGAUUUUGAGCCACAGCUUUCUGAUUUUGGGCUUGCUAAAUGGGCAUCGACAACUUCAACUCACAUAACUUGCACAGAUGUUGCUGGAACUUUCGGGUACUUAGCUCCUGAGUAUUUCAUGUAUGGAAAAGUAAACGAGAAAAUCGAUGUUUAUGCCUAUGGAGUUGUACUUUUGGAACUUUUGUCGGGUAAAAAGCCUAUAAGCAGCAACUGCCCGAAAGGCCAUGAGAGCCUUGUUAUGUGGGCAAAGCCAAUUUUAAGUUCCGAUAAAUUCGCUAUUUUACUGGAUCCCGAUUUGGGCAGUAGUUAUGAUCACGAAGAAGUGGAGAGAAUGGUUUUAGCUGCCUCACUCUGUAUAAGACGCGCACCACGAGCUCGACCCCAUAUGAGCCUCGUUCGAAAGCUUCUCCAAGGGGAUGUGGAAGUGGUUAAAUGGGCUAGACUGCAAGUGAAUGCUUGUGAAGGGUCUCGAGUCAAGCUAGACACAAAUUCAGUCGAAGGUACUGAAUUAGAAGAAGAGACGUUUUCGAAAUCGAAUCUUCAAUCCCACUUGAAUCUUGCGUUGCUUGAUGUGGACGGGGAUUCUACCUCGAUAAGUAGCAUCGAGCAAACUAUUUCUUUAGAAGAUUAUCUCAAAGGUAGAUGGAGCCGGUCCUUGAGCUUCGACUAACCGUAAAUUCUUGCGAAAAAAAAGUUCGCGAAAACUUCUUCUAUUUCCAUAUAUAUUUUUUUUUUUCGAAAAAUAAAAUUGUCUAGUAUAGUUGGUUAUGGGCUUGGAUGUGAGGUUGUGUUGUGGAUGUGCCCUCCUCCUUUCCCUUUUGUAGUUGUNUUUUUUUUUUUUUUUCGUGCUUGUUUGGUGCGAAAUAGGGUAAUGUGAUUUGCUAUACGUACAUCGUUAGAGAUUUGAUGUGUUCGGAAGUGAGGAUGCGAAUAGCAUGUUGUGAUAGAACGAAAUUCGAAUCGACUCGAAAUCGUACAUGUACCUUAAUGCUUGGUAAAAACAUUUUGCAUCUUUGAAAUAUAUUCAUAAAAUGGAUUGUUAAAGAAGUGCAU